AUUUGCGAGUUCAGCAGGACUCACGUAGCUGUCUCAACUUUCCUGGGAAAGUAAAUAGAAAGAAAACUCCGCAAGGAAACUAAGGAUUUAGGGCUUUUCUCCGUGCAGUGAGAGUAUGUCUCAGACCGGAAAAUUGAUGCCGAAUCUCGACCAGCAGAGCACCAAAAUGCUCAACCUCACCGUGCUCCAGAGAAUGGAUCCCUUCAUCGAAGAGAUUUUGAUCACCGCGGCGCAUGUUACGUUCUACGAGUUCAAUAUCGAGAGCAACCAAUGGAGUCGCAAAGACGUUGAAGGAUCUCUUUUUGUCGUUAAGAGGAACACUCAACCGCGGUUCCAAUUCAUUGUAAUGAAUCGGCGAAACACAGAUAACCUAGUGGAGAAUCUAUUGGGAGAUUUUGAGUAUGAAGUUCAGGUUCCCUACCUGUUGUACCGGAAUGCAUCCCAAGAAGUUAAUGGUAUUUGGUUUUACAAUCCACGGGAGUGUGAGGAUGUUGCAAAUCUAUUUACUAGGAUUCUCAAUGCAUAUUCGAAAGUUCCUUCAAAGUCAAAAGUAUCUCCAAGCAAAAGUGAGUUUGAGGAACUUGAAGCAGUCCCAACCAUGUCGGUGAUGGAGGGUCCUCUGGAGCCAUCAUCAACUGCCACUGAUGCUCCCGAAGAUUCUUCCUUUCAGGGCAUUUUUGGUGCAGCUACAAAUAUUGGAAGCGGUGGUUUAAACCUAGCUAACUCAAGACCUUCUUCACAGCCCAUCUAUCAUUCUUCUGCAACUCUCCCUUUAUCGUCUCACUCGCCUAGUGUUGCUUCCUCUCCUGCACCAACUCCACAAGUACCAUCACUCUCUCUUCUGGCUUCAUCCAAUCCAACCCCCCUCCAAGACACACUUGAUCCAAUCAGAAGCAGCAAUCAAGUCACUAAUCUUCUGAAGCCCUCUUCAUUUUUUUCACCUGCCACUUCCUCAUCUGCAUUGAUGAUCCCACCUAUUUCUUCAUCAGUGCCAACAGCUCCUCUGCAUCCUCCCCUGAAUUUGCAGCGCCCAUAUGGCACUCCUUUGCUUCAGCCCUUUCCACCACCCACUCCACCACUGUCUCUUACUCCUAGUUCUGCGCCUCAAAUUGAUGGACCAUUUAUUAGCAGAGAUAAAGUUCGUGAUGCCCUACUGAUGGUUGUUCAGGACGAUCAAUUUAUUGAUAUGUUUUACAAAGCAUUGGUGAAGGUGCACCAUCCAUGAGUACCUUCAGAGAACUAGUGAGCUUUCCUUCUGAAGAUUUUGAAGGUGAACCCAUCUAUUAGUACCAUUAGAGCAGUAGCGAUUUUUCCUUCUGGAUGUCGAUGGGCCUAAAAUAUCUGAGGGUCGGUUCUGUAUAUAGCUUGUUUACUCGAGUUUCACAAAUGAGGGAAGUAUAAUAUCUAUCUGGACUAACAUCAUUAGAGCUUCAGGCUUUUGGAUGCUUGUCAACUUUGAGAAGUUUGUUUCCUUGCAUAUUGGAAUGGUGGUACUCUAUUGAUUGGUUCAGUUCAUGUCAUUAUCUUCCGUUAAAUAGAAUGUUUGUAACAGCUGAAA